AUGGAAACUAGAUCGGAGAUUACUCAGACGCGGAGCGAUACUAAGCCUCCGGUUCUAUCAAUUCCCAAAAUUCGGUUAAAAGUUUGGUUCGUCAGCGUCUGCUCGAGCAUUUUGGUUUGGACUUGCUUGAUUCAGCUCUUCGCCACCGGCGAGCUUUGGCAUUCCCAGAUAUCCACCGGUUCGGUUUCCCGAUUUCCCCUCCCCGUCGAGCUGAUUCGAUUGCAGCCUCGCCGUCAUCCUCCCCGAAGGAACUAUACAAGCAAUGGAUUCUUAAAGGUAUCCUGUAACGGCGGUCUGAAUCAAAUGCGUGCAGCGAUUUGUGAUAUGGUGACUGUUGCUCGUCUGUUGAACUUGACUCUUGUCGUUCCAGAGCUUGAUAAGAAAUCAUUCUGGGCUGAUCCAAGUGACUUUGAGGACAUAUUUGAUGUGAAGCAUUUCAUUGAUUCGUUAAGAGAUGAAGUUCGGAUCUUGAAGAGGCUUCCUAAACGUUAUAGCAAGAAGUAUGGACACAAAUUGUUCGAGAUGCCGCCUGUGAGCUGGUCAAGUGACAAGUAUUACUUGCAGCAGGUGUUGCCGCUAUUUAGAAAACAUAAAGUUAUACACUUCAUUAGGAGUGAUAGCCGAUUAGCGAACAAUGGUCUUUCUCUCGAACUCCAAAGGCUGAGAUGCCGAGUGAAUUUCCAAGGACUGAAGUUCACUCCACGGAUCGAGGCUUUGGGGUCGAAGUUAGUUCGGAUUUUACAACAAAGAGGGUCUUUUGUGGCUCUGCAUUUGAGAUAUGAGAUGGAUAUGUUGGCUUUCUCUGGUUGUACUCAUGGCUGCUCUGAGGAAGAAGCUCAAGAACUCAAAAAGAUGAGGUAUACAUAUCCUUGGUGGAGAGAGAAAGAGAUAAUCUCUGAGGAGAGAAGAGCACAAGGUCUUUGUCCUUUGACACCUGAAGAGACGGUUUUGGUCCUAAAAGCAUUAGGUUUCCAGAAGGAUACACAGAUGUACAUUGCAGCUGGUGAGAUUUAUGGUGGUGCGAGGAGAUUAGCCCUUUUAAAGGAAUCAUUUCCAAGAAUUGUGAAAAAGGAAAUGCUACUAGAUCCAACGGAAAUGCAACAGUUUCAGAACCAUUCAUCUCAAAUGGCAGCUCUAGAUUUUAUAGUGUCUGUAGCUAGUAACACUUUUAUCCCUACCUACUAUGGAAACAUGGCAAAAGUCGUUGAAGGUCAUCGAAGAUAUCUCGGGUUUAAGAAAACAAUCCUGCUAAACCGGAAGAGACUCGUGGAGCUUUUAGAGUUGCAUAACAACAAGACGCUCUCUUGGGAUCAGUUUGCAGAAGCUGUCAAGGAAGCCCAUCAAGGACAAAGGAUGGGAGAACCAACACAUCGAAAAGUAAUCUCUGAUAAACCAAAGGAAGAAGAUUACUUCUAUGCCAAUCCUCAAGAAUGUAUCUCUCACAAUUACAUUAGAACCUCCAACUUCUCUCUAAAAGCAUAG